AUGUCCAGGGCAACGAGUUUUCGCCUGGAUUCCACGAAUGAGUAUGGCGAGGAAGAUCACUUGCAGCAUUCUGCCGCGGGGGAGAAUCGGCGGCUAUCGCGGCACAAAAUUACCAUUAGUCAUGGCAACGCCAAGUUUUUAAAGUAUCAGCUGCAGGAAUCCCACAUGUUCAAGGUUGUUAUAGACGGUGAUGACGGUGGAGUGGACAUGCGCAAAGUUCACGAGCGCAUUGAGGCUGCGCUGCGUAUGCGACCCCGCUACAAGAAGGUGAAUGGGCGAAUCCAGAUGCCUCCGUUACCGUCUCGUGUUCGGAUAUCCCAAGAAAACGGUGUCUACAAACUGUCCGAUCAUGAUGUUUCGCCCAUGUACUCGUUGCAAUCGUGGUCCACCUUUGCGUCUGAUGUGCAGCAUCUACGACUAACUGUUGGGAACACCACCUGCAUUAAGGCAUGUUCGCAUCGGCUCAACAUUAUGCAGGAACGUUCCAGAAUGUUCUUUCUUCUUAAUGCCGACAUUGAGGAGAAGCACAAUUUCCGCAAGGCCGGGGGUGUUUUCUCCAAAGCCACCAAAGUGGACAAUU